CUUUUAGCAGACUUUGCCACACUCAACAUGGCGAUGUCUCCGUCCCUCGCUCUCACUGAGUUCGUACGUAACACACUGCGUCAGUCGUGCGUAAGGUUGUGUUGACAAGAGCGGUAGGAGUUGUCAGCGGAACAGCAUCAGCCAGCAUCACCGGAGCCGAAUGGAGUAACCACAAAUAUAAUAUUCCAGACAGCGUCUCUGUUCCUCUUUAGAAGCAGUGUUUACACAUUUCAAACAACGACACCAUGGCAGACGACCAGGCCUCUCAAUCCUGGACCAUCGACAGGGAUGACUACGAACUCAAUGAGGUGAUUGGGAGUGGAGCCACUGCAGUCGUCCAGGCAGCGUACUGCAAGCCGAGAAAGGAGAAGGUGGCCAUCAAACGCAUCAACCUGGAGAAAUGUCAAACCAGCAUGGAUGAGCUCCUGAAAGAGAUCCAGGCCAUGAGCCAGUGCCACCACCCGAACAUCGUGUCUUAUUAUACCUCCUUUGUGGUGAAGGAUGAGCUGUGGCUGGUGAUGAAGCUGCUCAGUGGAGGCUCAGUGUUGGACAUCAUCAAGCAUAUCAUCUCUCGCGGCGAGCACAAGACCGGAGUGUUGGACGAGGCUAGCAUUGCCAGUAUCCUGAAAGAAGUCUUGGAGGGGCUGGAGUACCUUCACAAAAACGGGCAGAUUCACCGGGAUCUAAAAGCUGGAAACAUCCUUCUUGGUGACGAUGGCUUUGUGCAAAUUGCUGACUUCGGUGUGAGUGCCUUUCUAUCAGCUGGAGGAGACAUGACCAGGAACAAGGUCCGGAAGACGUUUGUGGGGACGCCGUGCUGGAUGGCGCCCGAGGUCAUGGAGCAGGUCCGCGGCUACGAUUUCAAAGCCGACAUCUGGAGUUUCGGGAUAACAGCCAUCGAACUGGCCACUGGGGCUGCACCAUAUCACAAAUACCCACCGAUGAAGGUGCUGAUGCUGACUCUGCAGAACGACCCUCCCUGUCUGGAGACAGGCAUCACAGACAAGGAUAUGGUGAAGAAGUAUGGCAAGUCCUUCCGGAAGAUGCUCUCUCUGUGUUUACAGAAAGAUCCAGAAAAAAGACCAACUGCAGCCGAGCUGCUGAAGCAUAAAUUCUUCACUAAAGCCAAAAACAACGAGUACUUGCAGGAGCGUCUUCUACACAAAGGUCCAACAAUAACGGAGCGAUCCAAAAAGGUCCGUCGUGUUCCCGGCUCCAGCGGCCGUCUCCACAAGACGGAGGACGGCAGCUGGGAGUGGAGCGACGACGAGCUGGACGAGGAGAGCGAGGAGGGCAAAGCUGCUGUGGCGGCUCUGCGGUCCCCCAGAGUGAAGGAUGGCUCCGAGAAUAUGGAGCUUUUCCCGCCAGCAGAUGGCUCCUCACAUCAUCUGCAGCCCCCCGGUGCGGCACCCCAGCCGGGGGAGGAGGCUCCAGCGCCGGCUCCCACUCAGACAGGGAGCCCCUCACAUGCACCCCCUGCUCAGGUGUCGCUAGGCAACUGGUGA